AUGGACCCAGUCGCCUCUUUCCUUCGCCCUUGUCACGCAGCACAGCAAGAGAGCGACAGCACUCACCUUCCCCGCGUGAGCAACCUCCCUUGCCUUGCUUUAUCUGGACCACACUCGCAGCUCUCGUGUCCAACCACUCCGCCUCGCCCUGCUUUUCCUUCCUUCUUUCUCUCCAAGCCACGGACGGGAGAGAAAAACUCCAAUGAUAUCGGCGCUCAGUUCCCCGUCGAUCUGUCAACUCCGGUCGCCCCUCGUCGUCUUGAGAGCACCACCAGAACCCCCUCGUUCCCCUCCAUCUCUGGGUGCAAAAAAUCGAGCCAGGGAGCCCGUAUAUCGACGCCACAGACCUCGUUUCUCUGCCACGGCCACCGCGCUCCGGCGAAAUUGGCGACGCCGUUCGACCUCCCCACCUUCUCCGUCUCGUUUCUCGGCGUCCUGAUCCUCAUCGCCGACCAUCUACUGGUGGUCGUCCGCCCCAAGCGCGUCCAGCUUCUGGUUCGUCUAGUCGAGGCGCGUCUUCCUACGUGUCUAGCGCGCCCUCGCGCGCACCAUCUUCUCGAGGCCGUCAACGACCUGCCUGUCUGUGCGUGGCCUGCGCCUCUUCCGCACGUGCGCGCCCGUCGCCGGCCUUCUCCGGUCGCACCACGACGUCGGCCUCUACAUCAACACCGGCAGCCGCUCGUGAAGGCCAGCUCGCCAAGAUCUCCACCUGCACGUCGUCGUCUACCCCGGCCACCUUCUCCUUCCUCGUCGCCGGCAGCAUCCUCCGUCGCCUCCACCUCGUCGACGACCUCCUGGCAUUUGCUUCUUCCCGGAUAGGAUCGCGAAGUGGUGUUGUGAGAUACGACAAGUUCUUCUGCAGCUUUUCACAGGCGAGCCCACCCCUUCACCUAUUUUACAUUUACAUGCUCUUUUGAUCUAUUGCUAUCCCUAUGUUGCGAUUCUGUUGUGUCACGUGUCCUAUCCACCUGUUACCUAUAUGUCCGAGAUACACCUCCUCGCUCUACCUAUUGUUUGUUGUUUGCCAGCUUUGCGAGUCGUAGGCGAGUUUAGGGUCUUGUUGAUAUCUCGAGAUGUUCGGGAUAUGUUGGGUUGUUGGGAGGUUUUCACAUGCUAUAUCAGUUGUUGGAGAUACACAUGCUUUACUUAAUUGUUAACAACUAAAAUUGUAAGCAGAGGCAUCUGUGAGCCCCUUUGCGAAAGCAUCGGAACUUUGACUUGCUAAUGUCCCCUAGGACCCGAGUUCUUGUUAUCUGUUCCGAGAUUGAGCGCUCUACCCGUACGUGGGGGAGUGGGACCCCCAUCACCCACUACCUUUCCUCGAGUCUGUUUAUUGGGAGCCACAACCUUGGUUUUAUUUGCUCAUAUGCACGAUAUGCACGAUUUACUUCUUGUUGCCUUCGGGUGUUUAUAUUCUGUACUGUACUCAUAUUGCGUGCCGACUUAUCCUUGACCGGUCGUUAGUGCCCGCCUUGGACGCCAUCGCAACCUCUGGGUCCGUAUCGGAGUACGGCCGGACUUCAUCACGGGUAGCUUAGUUGGGUGGCUCCCAUUAAACUUUCUCUUGCAUUGGGAACGGUCUUGAUGUGAGACUCCACCUGUAGUAAGUGGGUUCGAGCAUGCGUAUGGUUACAUUUGGGCAACCCCUGCAGGGUGUACAUCUUAUCGAUAAGCCGUGUCCGCGGUUAUGGACGACUUGGAAUUGUAUAGCUUGAUCAUAGAACAACUUACACCUUAUUUCCGUUGCUAAUAAUUUGCUAAUAAAACUUUUUCAAAAAGUGUGUGUGUACCUUUGACCAGUACCUCUUUGCGAAGGGGGAUCGCAUCGGCUGUGUUAUGUUUGCAGAGUAUAGAACUGUUACCUUGUGCGCUCUCUUAUCUUCUCUGAGUAGAUGGAUGUUGUAGCGUGUCUCUAUUGGAUAGUAGCUUUGCUGCCGCUAAACUCCACAUAUAGCCGGGUGAAGUUUAUACCGCCCACCAGCGAGCAUAGCUGGUCUUGUCUCGCAAGUACGUGCCAAUGGUACUUACCCUCGCCUUUCUUUUCUUUUGUCUUCUCCCCUUUUGUCGGCAACCGAUGGCCCGACUUUGACAGGUACAAGAUGACGACGUUAGCAAGGUUACCCUUCCGGCUUGGCCUGGGCAGGGUUAUGGACGCCGCUGGUUAUCUCCAGGACUCUUAGUCCAAUUUUGUAUCUUGUCCGUACUCGGAUGUAUUCGCUCUUCUGUAUGAUUUGGAUCUUUGUAUGUAUAUUUGUAUCUUGACUCGUUGGAGUUGUUGUUGUAUAUAUGUAUCUUGUGGGCUCUAUUGUAAACCUGUUGUAAUGUUA